AAUCAAUUUUAGAGCAAAUGUGUCAACAUAGAUCCACAAGUACCUAGAAAUUACAGUGCCAUUCUAGAGCAAACAAUGAAAUGUAGACAUUUUCUCGGAGAAGUGGUUUUCCUAGGAUGGAAUAGUCAUUUACCAUGUCCAUAUUCCGUCACGUGUUCUCAAGUCGACGUCAGCUUCGCCGAGACUUGCGGAAGCCGAACUGGAGAGCUAACGGCGACGUACCUUCCCUUUCUCUUUACGUCUCCAGAAUUUGGACUCUGCACUCUCUCCGAAGCUGAAAUCUCUCAGAUCUCCACAGCCGCUUCCCAUCUCCGUGCUAUGGCGGUGGCCUUCGCUAGUCCCGAGAGGAUGGAUAUUCCGAGGCAAGUGGACCGCUCUCCUUCCCAAUCAUCGUCGGACGUUGCCGCCGAAGCAUCCAAUCUCUCUUGCUCUGCCCACACUCCUGAUCGCAACGAUUCUUCGAAUUCGGAUGUCGAUGCUCAGCCUCACCUUGCAUUAAGGAGUGAAGAAUAUCGACAAUUGUUUCGGCUUCCACCUGAAGAACUGCUUCUUCGCGAUUUCAAUUGUGCAUUCCAGGAGAGUAUUCUUCUUCAGGGUCACAUGUAUCUCUUUGUUCAUUAUAUAUGCUUUUACUCCAACAUUUUUGGAUUUGAGACAAAGAAAAUAAUUGCAUUCAAUGAAAUUACAAGUGUAAAAAGAGCAAAAAUGGCUGGGAUCUUUCAUAAUGCAAUAGAAAUUUUUGCUGGAGGAAGAAAGUAUUUCUUUGCAUCAUUUCUAUCACGUGAUGAGGCUUUCAAGCUUAUUAAUGAUGGAUGGGAGCAACAUGGUAAUGUAGCAAAGGCAACGACAGAACAACAGGAAUCAAUUCCUGAGUGCAGCAGUCAAGAGAAAGGAUUUGUUGCAAUUGAAGAGGUCAAUACCAUUAAAUGCCCAAUUGAUGAACUGGAAUCUACUGAUAGGGAAAAGAUUGCUUCCACUUCAAGUGCUUCUCAGGUUACACCUUGUGUUGAAAGUGAUGUGGAACAGGAUUCUGAUCUACCUACAAAUACUGACCCUUCAUCCUCUGCUGAUUCUUGCACUUGGAAGCCAGAGAAUUACGAUGCACCCAAGGUUCCUGAAGAUUAUACAAAGGUUGCAGAAGCAAAGCUUCCGAUUAAAGUAGAGGAGUUCUUCACUUUGUUUUUUUCAGAUGGUGCUGUUAAUUUUACUGAAGCUUUUCAUAAAAGAUGUGGGGAUAAAGAAUUCAGGUGCUCUUCAUGGCACCCUCAUGACAAAUUUGGACAUGCCCGUGAUGUGUCAUUUCAACAUCCAAUAAAAAUGUACCUUGGUGCUAAAUUUGGCAGCUGUCAGGAGGUCCAGAAGUUCCGAAUUUACAGAGACAGUUCUUCUUGUCACCUAUUUUAUUUCAAAGUUCCUGACAUUAUGACUUGUACUCUGGACAGCAAUCUGGUUAUUGAGACCUCACAAGAAAUCAAUGACGUGCCUUAUGGAGAUUAUUUCCGUGUUGAGGGGCUUUGGGAUGUUGAGAGAAAUAGCAAUGAAUCACAAGAAGGCUGCAUCUUGCGGGUAUAUGUGAAUGUGGCUUUUAGCAAAAAAACAAUUUGGAAAGGGAAAAUAGUGCAGUCUACUUUGGACGAGUGUCGAGAGGCUUAUGCAACAUGGAUAGACAUGGCACAAGAAUUCUUGAAGCAGAAACCUGAUAAAGAAGGUUUAGAUCUUGCUGUAAGCUCUGUUCAGAAUGACGAACAUCAGAUGGAAAGAGAAGCUAGGACAGAGGAACCUACCGACAGGUCAUCAAAUCUUGCAGCAUUGCCUGAUUCUAUGGAUGUUAACCAACGGAUGGGCAAUCUCUUGGAAGGAAUUUUUAUUGAUGCUACAUCAAUCACAGGUUUUUUGAGGGAGCUUGUGAGGAAAUCAUAUUCAUUCUUGAAUAAACAAAGUCGUAUUUCACUGGUUGUAGCCAGUGCCUUUGUUGUGAUCUUCCUAAUGCAGGUGAGCAUACUGGUGCUGCUAAACAGACCCCAGCACGUUCAUGUCACUUACCCAGUGGAGUACAUGGGUGUCGUGGGCAGUGAAAGGUCAGCUGAAAACGUGGCUUGGUUAGAGAGGCGGGUACACCACCUUAAAGAUGAGAUGUUCAUGGUUGAGGCUCGGUUGGAGAGGUUGCAACAUGACCAUGCAGCUUUGAAAGCACAGCUCAAAGGAUUAGAGCAUCAUAGAAGGCGUAGAUAACAGUUGUAUAUAAAUAGUUGUUAGUAGAUUAUUACUCGCCUAAAUUAUUUGUUUUCCUGUAUAAAAAUACUAAAAUUGAAGAUAUAUAGUAAUGGUUAUUCAUUCCACGAUACGAAAUGAUACCCAAA